CGCACGUCCACAUCCCCUCCCUUGCGAGCUCCUCUCUCUCAGAGACGCACACACUCUCUCUCUCUAAUGUUGCAUGGUUAGGUUUAUCCCAGCCAAUCAUUCUCUUCCGACGUCGGGCAAUUUGGCCAGUACGGCAAUAACAAGAAGAUGGUGGUGGAAGGGAAGGCGGCGACAGCUCAUCGUAUGUCGUAUGGGUUUUCGGAUCAAUUACAUUCACGGUUUCUAGUUAUAUGUCAAAAAUCUAAGGGUGGUAAUCCUCUCGGUAUCUUCCAAGGUGAUCCUUUGAACAACUCCUUCGGUCUCAUCUUACUUGAGAUUGCCAUCGUUCUCGUGGCUUCUCGCACUGUUCGUUUUCUUCUGAAACCUCUCAAGCAGCCAAGAGUCAUCUCCGAUCUGAUUGGUGGUAUAUUUGUUGGACCGUCUCUGCUAGGCCAUAACAAGACGUUCUCGACUCAUUUGUUCCCAGAGAAUACGAAAUUCGUGGUGAGGAACAUGGGGCUCAUGGGUUUCAUGUAUUUUCUUUUCAUCUCCGGUGUGAAAAUGGAUCUCACGUUGGUUAAAAAAUCAGGAAGAAAGCAUGUGGUCAUAGCCUUUCUUGGAGUGCUUGCUCCUAUAUUGGCAGUGAUAGGUUUGUCUUGUAUUAUUAGACCACUUAUGGACAAAGAACUCGCUAAGGAUUCUUCAAUUGGAGCAGUUGCUGCAUCUGUGGCCAUCCCUGCUUUUCCAGUACUCUUCCCAAUCCUCAAAGAGCUUAAUUUACUCAGCUCCGAAGUGGGCCGGAUGGCACUGUCAACUGCCAUAAUAAGCGAUGCAAUCGGUCUCAACGCAAUUGCUGGGUUUGAAGCAAUAAAACAGGGUGAAGCAAAGAGUACAUACACAAUAUGGUAUGUGAUUUCAACAAUUGUUUUAGCACUAUUCAUGGUCACUGUUGUUCGGAAAUUUAUGAUCUGGAUCAUUGAGAGGACUCCGGAAGGAAAACCUGUUGAUCAGAGCUAUGUGACUAUCAUUUUAUUGGGUGUUCUUGUGAUUGGGUUUCUCACAGACAUGUUUGGCAUUGCAAUCGGAAACGGGCCUCUCUGGCUGGGGCUGGUGAUUCCUGACGGUCCUCCGCUCGGAUCCACUCUUGUGGAUAAGAGUGAGACGUUUAUAAUGGAAAUAUUGAUGCCAUUUUCUUUUACCUAUAUUGGGCUAUACACGGAUGUGUACUCCAUGGCCUCGAUUGGAUGGUCUGGUGUUGCACCUUUGUUUUAUAUGGUGUUGAUUGGGUAUGCAUUCAAGUUUAUUGCGACUCUGUUACCUUCUCUGUUCUAUAAUAUACCAGUAAGAGACAGUCUCACUCUUAGUCUCAUAAUGAGCUUAAGAGGCCAAGUGGAGAUUUUGCUCUUCCUUCACUGGAUGGACAAGAAGAUAAUAGGGAUACCACGCUUCAGUUUGAUGAUUUUGUUAACAAUGGCAGUGACUGCCGUAGCUACACCUCUAAUUGCAUUCUUUUACGACCCGACAAGGCCUUAUAUGGUCAACAAGAGAAGAACCAUUCAACACACUCCUCCAAACACAGAUAUUGGAAUAAUCCUCUGCAUUCAUGACCAAGAAAGUGUGAAUGGACUAAUCAACCUUCUUGAAAUCUCCUACCCUACCACAACAAGCAGAUUCAGUGUAUAUGCGAUCCAUCUUGUCGAGCUUCUUGGCCGUGCUGCUCCGGUCUUUGUUGACCAUGACAAGGAGGAGGAAGAUGACAGAUACUGUAAUGCUCACACUGCAGACGACACCAUUUACAGUGCCUUAAAGCUUUACCAAGAAGUGAGAGCGGAGUUUGUGAACAUACACGCGUUCACAGUCCAAGCGCCAAACCGAACUAUGUACCAGAAUAUCUGUGAAAUGGCUUUACUUAACAAAGCCACCAUUAUUAUCGUACCCUACCAUAAAGAGCACUUGGAUGGUGUUACUGGGAUUGUUCGAAGGGGGAUUCAAUCGGUCAAUUCAAGUGUUUUAGUUCAUGCACCGUGCUCGGUUGGGGUUCUUGUGGAUAAGGGUGAACUCCGGCAACCCAUUGUUGGAUUGAGAGUGAGAAAGGUGGAAUUGAACUUUGUUGUGCUUUUCUUAGGGGGAGCAGAUUCACGUGAAGCGCUUGCUUAUGCAGACAGGAUGGUAAUGAACCCUGAUGUGACAUUGACAGUGAUAAGGUUUCUUUCGCAUAACAAUGAAGGAGAUAAUGAGAUGGAGAAGAAGCUCGACGAUGGGAUUGUGACUUCGUUUUGGGUGAAGAACGAAGCAAACGAUAGAGUGCUUUAUAGAGAAGUUGUGGUGAAGAAUGGUGAAGAAACAGUUGCUGCCAUACAAGCGUUGAAUGAUGGACUUUAUGAUUUGUGGAUUGUGGGGAGGCAACAGGGGAUUAAUCCAGUCCUUUUGGAGGGACUAUCGAAUUGGAGUGAGAAUAUUCAAGAACUAGGUGUGAUUGGAGAUAUUGUUGCGAUGGCUGAUUUUGCAAGUAAUGGAUCUGUUUUGGUGAUUCAACAGUAGAUAUUGAGAGGCCAAGGGACUACAGAAAAUCUCCAUGCAAUUUACUUUCACGUUUUGUAUAGUUUUUUUUUUCCCCUUCAUUCUCUCUCUUUAAUUUGUCUGUUUCAUGUAUAGAUUCAUCAAUUAUAAUUUAUCAGUGAUUAAGGAUUCAAUUCAUUUACUUUGGUUCUUAGAUAGAAAGGGUUUAUAAGGGAACUAGUAAGGUGUAUAAAUUUUUUGUUAUA